AUCGUAAUUAUGAUAAUUUUUACUCGCAUUCUCCAUCUUUGUCUUAAACGUUUUCGUCAGCCACGAAUCAUAUCUGAAGUGAUAGGUGGAAUCAUCCUUGGCCCUUCUAUAUUAGGCCGGAUAACAGGAUACACAAAUACCCUGUUUCCAAGAGAUUCCUUUACUUACUUGAAACUUCUGACUAAUCUUGGUGCUGUUCUAUUUUUGUUUAUGUUUGGUGUAGAGUUAAAUCCAGCAAUUACAGGAAAAAAUAUAAAAUCCGUUGUCUGUAUCUCUUCAAGUGGUAUCAUAUUGCCUUCUGCAAUGGUUUAG